AUGAAGUCCAAGCUAAUCUUCUGUGUGCUAUUCGGAAUAUUUCUAAUUUCAACAUUCGAUCAAAAUGAUGCGUUAGUUUUCAAGUUUACGAACUUUGUCUGCGAGAGUUACAAUAAAUCCUGGUUCGUUUUCCAAAACUGUCGUCUGAAGGCCGUCAGUCGAAACAAAGUGACUUUCAAUAUGAAUGGGACGAUAUUACAUCCGGUCAACAAUGCCUCAGCAUAUGGAAAGAUGUUUAAAAGGGCAAAUGGCUAUAAGCUAUGGCUUUAUGAGGUCAAAGUUGACAUCUGUCAGUAUUUUCGAAAGCCAAAUAAUCCCCUUGUAGCAAUCAUUUAUGCGCUCUUCAAACAGUAUACCAAUUUAAAUCACACAUGCCCCUAUAUAGGUCCACAGAUUAUUAAGGAUUUCUAUCUAAGACCUGACCUGCUGCAUGUGCCCUUGCCGACGGGUGAUUAUUUGUUGAUGAUUCGAUGGUACUUUGAUAGGAAGCUACAGUUUGAUACGAACGUGAGUUUUGUGUUCGAAGAGGACCUUAUAAACAGAAAUUAA